AUGAUUUUCGGAUUUUUUCUUUUGUCUAUAUCUAAGAUUCUUUCCCUCAAUUUCUUAUUCUCUCCCCCCCCUCUCUCUCUCUCUCUCUCUCUCUCUCACACUCUCUCUCUCUCUCUCUCUUUCUUUCUCUCUUAUUCUAUUAUUAUUUUCCUGUAUUCUUUUCUUCUUGCCCCUCUCUUAGAUUGUUUUCUGUCUUAUUUGUUCGAUUUUAUUAUCAACUCUUUUUACGUUCAUUCAUAUUGCUCUAUAUUAUUUUUUUUAUCCUCCCAUUUUUUCUCUCUUUCUUUUUACCUUUUUGUUCUUUUGCCAUUUGUUACUUUUUUUCAUUUUUUCAUUAGUCUUCCUUCUUAUUUUCAUUCCUUCUUUCAUUUUCCUUUCUCUGUAUUUCGCCUUCUACUUAUUCUCUUCUUUUUCUCUCACCGCUUUAUUUUAAUUUUUUUUUCUUUUCCAAUUUCUUUUUGUUUUCUUUCUUGUUUUAAUCCUCCUUCAUUAUUUGUUUUUCAACACUUUUUUUCUUUCUUUUUUUUAAAAAUUCUAUUGAAUUACAUCACUUUGCUUUUCUUCUCCUUUCUCCCUUCUUUCAUUCCUUCGUCUUUUUCUUCUCAUUCUCCUUCAUCGCCAUCAUUUUCUUCUUUUCUUUCUUUCUUUCAUUCAUUUAUUUAUUCCAUUCCUUUUUUGAAUGAGUAUCUAAUUUUUCUUCUUUUCGUCCUGCUUUCGUCUCAUUCUUUCCUUUUCGCGCCUCUUUCAUUUUUCUCAUCUUCCUUGAUUAAUUUUGUCUGUCUUCUUUGUUCUUCUUUCAUCUUUCUUCCCUUUUCGAUUUCUCUUCUAUUUUUCUUUGACUAUUUCUUUCUUUCUUUCUUUCUCUUUUCACACUUAAAACCCCGUGAAGAAAAGAACGAUUAUUUAUUUGACGAUUUAAUUGCUUCCUUUCCUCACCAAUCGGAUAUGAAGCGCUCUCAAAUUAUACUCAGAUCCACAGAGAUUACAUUAGCUGUCGUCGCCGGCAUCCAUGAAUCUCGCCAACACAGACCACCCAAUUUUCCCGCCUCUAAUAACAGUGAUUACGGAAGGAAACGCGCGGAAUUUCAAAUCAACCAAUCGAUGUGUUUAUAUUUUUAUACUUUUUCAAAAUAA